AUGAACUACGGUACGGUAUCAGACACCAUCCGGCUGCCGUCGAGUAGCGUCGACCGGUUCCAGAUGGCGUCGUCAACCACACCGCAAAUGCCGAUACCUGAUACUCCUGGAGAUCCUGCCAUUCGUGGGCUCGAUGAAGCCGGUAUCGAGUCAAUCCUGCAGCACCCUCCUAGUCAUAUAUGGAGAGAGUUCCUGGAGGCUAGGCUGAGGAAAAAGGAUCUUCGUCAGUUCCGCCAAAGGCUGGAUCCGGACAUGACGGUGGAUCGCAUCCAUAGUCUCUUCGAACAACAUCGUCGCCCGCGGCCAGACUGUAGAUACCUGGCAGCCAUGGAGCCUAUUGUAGAGGGAUUGUUUCACCAGGCUCAAGCGGUUGCCUGUCUUUUCAAAGCGGCUCACAAGGUGCUCAGCGCUAAGAAUUACCGCAAGAUCUUGUCGCAUAUCAGCACGUUUCUCCAAGGCCUGACAAAUCUUCUGCCUCGAUUAGGAGAAGCUUGGAAAAACAUGCUGCGCGGCAUCUUCAUGCCCGGCACUGAUUAUCGAGACUUUGCCGACGCGGUUGACAAGCUGGAGAGGUAUCAAGUGACUAUUGAUCGUGAGGUGCAAUUGGCAUUGUUGCAGGAACACCGAGGCCUGAGCAGUCGGCAGAUUGAGGAUGGGCAGUAUGAGAGGGCUGACAGGGCUUGUACUGGAUAG